AAUGAACGUACGAGUAGAAUGCAGGACCGAAGAAUUUGUACCUUACUCAUGUACAGCGGCCGCGUCAACCCUACAGGUGCCGAUGUUAGAUGAAAGAGAUCGUUUGUAAUAUUCUUAUAGAAAGGAAUUGAUUGUAUUAUGUGAUUCAAUAUUCCAACGAAAUGUAUCACAUCAAAGCCCAAAUUAGCAGAAACUGAUUACAGUAACAAAACAGACGGCUGAACGACAGUGUAAUUGGUAUACACAUUAUAAUAAUUAAGAAUUAUUGGAAAAAACAUACCACGCAAGCUUAAUAGCAAACAGGAUGCUGGACAAUCAUCUAAAACAAUUUCACCAACAGAAAAAGUAACCAGAUGCUAUUUUUACACUUCCAAGUUAUGUUAUGGUGAUUUUCGUGGUAGUUGUGAAGUCAUUUGUUCCUUCACGAAGCUUGAUAUGAGUUAAAGCAAAAUAUUUACACGGUAAAGACACUGAUAAAGAGAGAGGAUUCAAAUGACCUACGAUGUUUCUUCUUGUCUGGACAGAUUGGGACAGUCAGUCAACAUCUAAUCGUGGUUUGCGAAGGUAGUCGAAUAUUAUUUGUGAUUGGCAAUCUGCGUUGUUUGAAUCAGACAAUACUACUUUGCAAUUGAAUUUCAAAAAAAAACACAAUAAUGAAAACAAAGCUUUCUUUGGAGCAGCUGAAUGCACUUUCACCGGUUGAAUUUCACAAAACGUUCGAGAAUGUUGUGGAAUGUUGGCCCGAGGCAGCGAUAUUUUGUUCUGCGAUGGCACCUUUUAGGAGUUUCGAAUCAAUGAUUACGGUUUUUGAAAAUUAUUUGCAGCGGUUAAGUAACGAAAAUAAACUACGGAUUCUGCGCCUUCAUCCCGAUCUUGCAGGAAAAUUACUUGACAUACAACAACUCACGGAGGAAUCCAGAUAUGAACAGUCGUGUGUUGGUUUGGACAAGCUGACUCCGGCAGAUAAGAAGCGAUUAACUAAGUUGAAUGACGAGUACAAGCAAAGAUUUGGGUUUCCUUUCGUGAUUUGCGUGCGAGAAGCGUCCAAAUUUGAAACAAUAGUAAAUGGUGUUAGUGGCAGAAUCAAAAAUAAUCCAGAAGCAGAACUUAACAUUGCAAUUAAUGAGGUGAAAAAAAUUUGUCGGUUAAGAAUAUUGCAAUUAGUGAAUAAUUUAUGAGCUGUGCUUUCCUACAUAGAAGGGUUCAUUUAGUCAAUAUAUGAAAAUGAAAAUAGUAUAAUCGGUGAAAUAAUUUUUAUUUACAAAAUAUAUUGUAGAAAUCGAUAAAACUUGUUCCAAUAGAAGGACAACUUAGUUUCAUCACAAAAAAAUUAUUUAAAAAAUUGAAGAAAAAAUUAAUUAUAUUUAGAAAAAUAAACAUUAAUGUUAUUCUCAAA